AAUCUUAGCCUUGUAACUUUCCCUUUAAGAGCUGUCAGAGCCCGGGGCUGGCCAAGCCUGGGCUGGAGGUGGGGACAGAGGGAAGAAAGAAAAAAGAGAGAGAGAGGCAGGAAAAGUUUUUUUCAGAGGCAAAUGCAGGGUUUGUCCUUAACCCUGACGUCAGAUCUUGCUUUAAUAAAACCCCCCAAGGGCUGCGGGAAGAGGCGUAUCUGGCGCCCCUGAUGGGACAGGUCAGUCUCGCCCAGCUCCCCUGAGAGGUGGCCGGAUCCUCGGGCUGCUCCUUAGAUGCCGUUGCCCCUGACUUCCAGGCAUGAGGUGGUUCCUGCCCUGGACGCUGGCGGCAGUGACAGCAGCAGCAGCAGCAGCAGCAUCAGGCAGCGCCCUGGCCACGGCCUUCUCUCCAGCCCCCACGGCCAUGGCCUUCACCCCGGCACCUCUGGAGGACACUUCUGCACGCCCCCAGUUCUGCAAGUGGCCAUGCGAGUGCCCGCCGUCCCCACCCCGCUGCCCGCUGGGGGUCAGCCUCAUCACUGACGGCUGCGAAUGCUGUAAGAUGUGCGCUCAGCAGCUCGGGGACAACUGCACUGAGGCCGCCACCUGUGACCCCCACCGGGGCCUCUACUGCGACUAUAGUGGGGACCGCCCGAGGUACGCAGUAGGAGUGUGUGCACAGGUGGUCGGCGUGGGCUGCGUGCUGGACGGCGUGCGCUACAACAACGGCCAGUCCUUCCAGCCCAACUGCAAGUACAACUGCACGUGCGUGGACGGCGCGGUGGGCUGCACGCCUCUGUGCCUCCGUGUGCGGCCCCCGCGCCUCUGGUGCCGCCAGCCCCGGCGGGUGAGUGUGCCCGGGCGCUGCUGUGAGCAGUGGGUAUGCGACGACGACGCCAGGAGGCCACGCAAGACUGCGCCACGCCACACAGGCGCCUUCGCCACAGACGAGGUAGAGCCAUGGCACAGGAACUGCAUAGCCUACACCAGCCCCUGGAGCCCCUGUUCCACCAGCUGCGGCCUGGGGGUCUCCACCCGCAUCUCCAGUGUCAACCCCCGGUGCUGGCCGGAGCAGGAGAGCCGCCUCUGCAACCUGCGGCCCUGUGACGUGGACCUCCGGCCGCGCAUCAAGGAAGGGAAGACGUGUCUGGCCGUGUACCAGCCAGAGGCGCCUGUGAACUUUACGCUCGCCGGCUGCACCAGCACGCGCUCCUACCGGCCCAAGUACUGCGGGGUCUGCACGGACGGCAGGUGCUGCAUCCCCUACAAGUCCAAGACCAUUGACGUCUCCUUCCGGUGUCCCGACGGGCCUGGCUUCUCCCGCCGGGCCCUGUGGAUCAACGCCUGUUUCUGCAAUCUGAGCUGUCGGAAUCCCAAUGAUAUUUUUGCCGACUUGGACUCCUACCCUGAAUUCUCAGAAAUGGCCAACUAGGCAGGCACGAAACACCGGCUUGAGGCCUGGCCUCAUGCUUGUAAAGCAGCCAGCCUUCCAAGGCCCACACUGCGCCUUUUUUUUUUUUUUUUUUCAGUCCACUUUCCACUUGUUUCUAAUGACCCCAGUCCAGACCCGUGGCCCCCUUUCCUGUCUCAGACCACCCAAAGCACCCAUGAGGGUGCCACUCAGGCCCAGACAGUGGGUCCUCUUCUGAGUAGCAUUCCACAUACACUCCAAAGAAAGUGCCUGUCUCCAGCUGUUCUGGACAGCAGUCAAGCCUGACCCGGCCUGUCUAGGUCACCGGAAGUCCUGCUGGAUCUUGCCCAAGUCCCAAGGAACAGAAUCAGCUAGGCAUUCACCAUCACUGCGUCUACCUCAUUAGACGCAAAAACAAGAGUCUCUUUGGGUCCAUUCGGAAGGAUGGAUGGGAUUUAGGACAGCGGACUGGUCCCAUUAUUUGGACCUGGCCAAGCAGGACCCUAAUUGACCGUGUCAACCAUGGCACACCAAACUCUCUCUCAUUCCAUAGAUGUGUGUAUCCCAAGGCCCCCAAACAUUUGCCAAGUGAGGUGAAUGGUUAUUUGGUUUUGUUUGUCAGUGGACAAAGGUAUCCAUUAAUCUGGGCAUAGUUAAGUUUCUUUUCAACCCUGCACCAUGAAGGGUGUAGCUUGGGUUCGUCCCGCUCAGAAAUGCCUUUUGAUAAACAUCCUUCUUGUUCCUGGGGGUAGUAACCAGUCAGUACUCCAGGGUCAAAGCCAGGUCAGCCCACUUCCAGAAAGAGCAACUGACCCCAGCACCAAAUCUGCUGCUCAUGGACAGGACAUUGGGCUCGUCCUCGCAGCGAGACCCUCUCCCUGCUGGAGGGCUCGAGGGAGCUGGUAGAGUCUCACGGGGUGUGUCCUGUGACAUUCCUCUGCUCUUAUGGAGACUUGGGUCCAGGUUGAGUGUGAGUCAAAUCAGGAAGUGGGUCCACCCACCAGGAAGUGGGUCCAGUCUGCCGAAGCCUGGGUGGCAAGGGUCCAGAGCCCAGAACGUGUCUCUCUCUGCCUCAGUGACCCACUUGGCAGACCGUGGGUCUGUGAUGCACACAACCCAGCUCUGGGGUGAAAAUAGAGGUUUACCAGUUGUUUCAAAACGGAAACCUUUUUAACAGGGAUGAAAAGCCAAAAGGGUUUGAAGCUAAAAGAGAAAGGUGUUAUUAAUGGAAAUAAGGCUGUUAUUUAUUUUGUGAGUAAAAUAUAAAUAUUUACUGCUUUAAAUCUUUUAUUUCGUACCCUCUACAGGUCAAACAUUGUUCUCAGUGCUUUACAGACUCCAUUCUGCUAGCUCAUGGACACUUCCAGGUCGCUUUGAAAAGCACCUGUUAUCAUUUCUGUUCUGGCAAACGUGAAAGCUCACAAAGAUAAGAGAGCUUGGCCAGAGUUACCCAGCUGGUCAGUUGUGUGUGUGGGGGGGAAGGUCAGAAUGCACAUCCAAGUUGACUCAACCCUAUAACCCCCUCCCCUCCCCCCACCCCUACUUCAGAGCUUCUGAAUGUGCCAAAUCAGGAAAUUGCAUCAGGAUGCACAAUGCCUCAUUGUUGUUCUGGGUUCUUAUUAUUUACUGUCUCUCUAACUUCUUUCCCAAGAGGAGAGAGUGUCUGACGUUCAGGUUAUUUAGGUACCUGAGCAUCCAACCAAAGGUGAGAUAAACAAAACCCCGUGAAUCCCUUACAGAUCACUCCCUCCUUCAGAUCAGAACCAGCCUGCAGUCGUGUAUUUCAAGAGGAUUCUUUGUACACGAUGCUGCAGGUGGAAGGACGUUGCAGUUAUUCCUGGGGGAUUCUGGGGGGUGUGCAGAGGAAUCCCUAGAGGGAAGAAGGAGGAGAGUGUCCCCUCCUGACUGUGACUUCCUGAAUGUGCUGUCAGGCUUACCGCGUGCUUAGGAUGUAUUUGAUGGAUAAAAGAAGGUCUCUUCUUCCAAAGUGCCUGGCGGUCUGAUUCUUAUCAGCCAAAUCUUAAAUGCCAUAGAAAAAGAGAAAUUUAAUAUUGAAAGAAAUGCACAUUUUUAUUGAGAAAAAGAGUUCCCAGGUGGCUCAGUGGGUUAAGGAUGCGGUGUUGUCUCUGCUAUGGCAUGAGUUUGAUCUCUGGUUCUGGAACUUACACAUGCCACAGGCGUGGCCAAAAAAUUAAACCAAAAAAACCCCAAGAAUUCUGGAGUUCCUGUCGUGGCACAGCGGAACCGAAUCUGACUAGGAACCAUGAGGUUGCAGGUUCAAUCCCUGGCCUUGCUCAGUGGGUUAAGGAUCCGGUGUUGCUGUGAGACCCCCCCCCCCGGGGGGUUUUGCAUAUGCUGAAGAUGCGGCCCUAAAAAGGCAAAAAAAAAAAAAAAAAAACCCAGGAAUUCUAUGUGAAGAGAAUUUAUCCCAUGAAGAAACUCUUCUCUAAGUCUAUGUGGGUGGUGUUGGAUUUUCAUAGAAUGAAGCCACCUACCACCUAUGAAUGACAAGGACUAGAUGAGAACUGAUCCCCUGUGAAAUUCAGCAGACACCCAAGAGCUGGGUUCGUACUGAAUUUGCCUCCCAAUUUGGGAAAACGAUUGUCACCACCAAGACCACAGGCAGCCUGGCUGCAGGCAUUGGGGGUUAUCCUAGGAAUGGGUGGGAUGGGGUGGCCACAGUGGCCCAGUUUGUGAAACAGAUCUGUCCUGUGCAGGCCCCCAGGGAAAGUCUUGGCUCCGUGUUUUGAAGUCAUGGGGGAGGCCAUGUGGGGCCCUGUAAGGAAACUCUUUGCAGCAGUCAGAAUUACCCAGCUGUGGCAUGACCUGCUUCAAUAAAAGUAACAAAUAAUGGAAAAAAAGAAUGAAAA